AUACAGAAGGGCUCACUGAAUAUCUUGAGGCAGAAAUGGGAAUCCAGUAACUACCAGAGAAGUGAGACCUACCCUGGAGGCAGUCGGUGCAGGAUCUUCCAGCUUAAGGAAAGCAACGUGCUUGCACCUGAAGGAGAGGUGCGCUCCGCGCUCGACCCUCCAGAGGCACGGAGUCUGUCCUGCAGCGCGAGGGAAGAGGUGUUGAGUGGAGAGCUGGAAGAUGGAGUUCUGGAAGACCAGAGUGACAAACUCAGGGACUGUGGCCAGCCGGAAGUACUGAAGGAGGAUUCCCUGACUGGCCGACGCAGGAUUGAACGCUUUUCCAUUGCCCUGGAGGAGCUGAGGAGUAUUUUUGAGGCACCUAAGGAUGAAAUUAACCCAGCUGGACCAGCUGAAUAUGUCCAAAAGGAAGUGGAAAUUGGGCGAAUCAUGUGUUCAUCAACAUUGAGGAGUCACCCUGGGAGCCAGACAGAUGAUGCUGUAAAAGAUUCAGACUUGAAAAGUGAAGAAACACCUUUGGACAAGAUGUCAUCCAAGAGCGGUCAUAGAGCCAUCCUCGAAGUCACAUCAGGACCAAGCUCACCCUCAUCCAGAGGCUAGGCUAAAGCCAGUACACCUGGAAGUGAAGGCCAGUCCGAUCUCCUCGAGGCGCUCUCCCUGAAGGAGCGGAUGGCAAGGUACCAGGCAGCUGUGUCCAGGGGUGACACCCGCAGCUUCUCAGCUAAUGUCAUGGAAGAAUCAGAAGUGUGUACGGUGCCUGGUGGUUUAGCGAAGAUGAAGAGACAAUUUGAAAAGGAUGAAAUGACAUCAACCUCUGACACCUUUUCUGAGUAUCAAUACCAACAUGAGAGCAUAUCUGAGCAGGAAGUAAUCCACAGCAGUCAAGAAAUGCAAAGGAAAGAUCAAGAAGUUCCUGGUGCACUUGGAACUGAUGUCUUCAAAACAGAAGUGAUGUCGCAUCUUGAAAAGCACACUGAGGAAACAAAGCAAGCUUCGAAGCUUCACCAGUAUGUUCAAGAAACAGUCAUUGAUACGCCAGAGGAUGAAGAGAUUCCAAAGGUUUCCACCAAGAUUUUAAAAGAGCAAUUUGAAAAGUCUGCCCAGGAAAAGUUCCUCUACACUGAUAAAGAAACAACAACCCCACCCAAGUGCAUAAAGAUGAAAAAUGACAGUGAAGAAACCUUAAAGCCAUCAUCAGCUGUGGGUGCCUGUUCUUACACUUCAACCAGCCAGAGGAAGGAAACUUCAACCUCAAGUUAUAGUAAUCAUAGUCUCACUUCUACAGCCCUGGCACAAAUUAAUGGUAUUUCUUCAGGAAAGAUGGAAGAAUUUCCUCCUCCCCCACUUGAUGUACUUCAGACACCAAUGGAUGCAACAGCAUUUUCCCAGUCCCCUGAAUUCCCCAGCUCCCCUAGAAAACUACCAAUCCCCAAAGAUUUAUAUUCCAAACAAAGAAAUUUGUAUGAAUUAAACCGUUUAUAUAAACAUAUCCAUCCUGAGUUAAGAAAAAACUUAGAAAAAGAUUACAUCAAUGAGGUUUCAGAAAUUGUUUCUAGCCAGAUCAACUCAGGAAAUUCAGUUUCAGCAGAUGUGCAACAGGCUCGGUAUGUUUUUGAGAAUACGAAUGACAGUUCUCAGAAAGAUCUGAACUCAGAAAGAGAAAACCUGGAGUGGGAUGAAAUUCUGAAAGGAGAGGUGCAGUCAAUGAGAUGGAUUUUUGAGAAUCAGCCUUUAGAUUCUAUCAACAAUGGCUCUACAGAGGAAGGGUAUGCUUCCAAAGGCAUUGCUGACCAAGAACUCAUCGCGGGGGGUGAUGUGAAGUACACUACUUGGAUGUUUGAAACUCAGCCAAUAGAUGCCCUGGGGGUUCCUUCUGCUGACACUGAAGGAAACACUGAGAAAAUUCCCGAGCUAGCUAGAGGAGAUGUUUGCACAGCAAGAUGGAUGUUUGAAACAAGGCCUUUAGACUCUAUGAACAAAAUGCAUCAGAGUCAAGAAGAAACAGAAUAUACUGCUAUAAAGGACAUAACUGGAGGAGAUGUCAAGACUGUGAGAUACAUGUUUGAAACUCAACAACUGGAUCAACUUGGACAGCUUCACUCAGUGGAUGAAGUUAACUUAUUACAACUCAGGUCAGAACUCAAAGAAAUUAAAGGAAAUGUAAAGAGAAGCAUAAAGUGUUUUGAAACUCAACCACUGUAUGUCAUUAGAGAUGGUUCAGGCCAAGUGCUAGAAAUUAAAACUGUACAUAGAGAAGAUGUUGAAAGGGGGGAUGUGAGAACAGCACGCUGGAUGUUUGAAACACAGCCUUUGGACACAAUUAGCAAGGAUAUCACAGAAAUUAAAGUAGUUCGAGGAAUAUCCAUGGAAGAAAAUAUCAAAGGUGGGGUGAGUAGAGCAAAGUGGUUGUUUGAAACUCAACCACUAGAGAAAAUCAAAGAAGAGUCAGACGAAGUUGUCCCAAAAAAAGAAGCAGCCAUAGGUACAGAUGUUUCGAAAAAGUGUUGGAUGUUUGAAACGCAGCCAUUGGACAUUUUAAAGGAAGUUCCUGAUGCAGAUACUGUAUCACCCGAAGAGAGAAUAGGGGGUGACGUAAAGACCACCAAACAUCUAUUUGAAACACUUCCCAUAGAGGUUUUAAAAGACAGUCCUGAUGUUGGAAAGCUUCAAAAAAUCACCACUUCUGAAGAAGAAAAGGGAGAUGUUAAGCACCAAAAAUGGGUUUUUGAAACUCAACGUUUAGAAGAUAUUAGGGAAGAUAAGAAAGAGUAUACACGGACAGUGAGGCUAGAGGCAGUUGACAGAGGUCAUGUAAAGGACUAUGCAUAUAUCUUUGAAUCCAAUAAUUUAAUUAAGGUUGAUUCAUCUCAUCAAGUUGAGAUAGAAGGAGUCACAGGAGGGACUGUGAAGUUGAAUAAAUCUCUCUUUGAGACAACCCCACUGUAUGCCAUUCAAGACCAUCUUGGAAAAUACCACCAAGUAAAGACAGUCCAGCAAGAAGAAAUACUAAGAGGUGAUGUGAGAAGCUGUAGAUGGCUUUUUGAAACAAGGCCUAUUGACCAAUUUGAUAAAAGUCUUCAUAAAUUUCAGAUAAUUAGAGGAAUAUCUGCUCAAGAAAUACAGGCAGGGAAUGUGAAAUCUGCUAGGUGGUUGUUUGAAACCCAGCCUCUUGAUUCAAUUAAAUAUUUUAGCAAUGUGGAAGAAACAGAGAGCAAAACUGAACAAACUAUAGAUAUUGUUAAAGGGGAUGUCAAAACCUGCAAAUGGUUAUUUGAGACCCAACCUAUGGAGUCUCUUUAUGAAAGAGCUUCCGUGAUGACCAACAUUGGAGAUAUUCAAAAAGGUGAUGUUAGAACCUGUACCUGGCUUUUUGAAACUCAGCCACUUGAUGCCAUAAAAGAAAACUCUGGAGCAACAGACAAAGUGCAAACUGUAAAGCAGGAAGAGAUACAAGGUGGGGAUGUUCGAACAGCAUGUUUUCUUUUUGAGACAGAAAAUCUAGAUAGCAUACAGGGGAAUGAGGGGAAAGACAUCAAGCCUGUGGAGGCAGAUAUACAAUCUGGGGACGUCUCUGGCAUGAAGUACAAAUUUGAAAAUCAGUCCUUAGACUCUUUAAGUUGCAGUUCAGUGAAUGUUUUGAACAAGAUCAAAACCCUAAAAACUGAAGACAUUCAGAAAGGCAAUGUUUUAAGUUGUAGGUGGCUAUUUGAAAACCAACCUAUUGAUAUGAUAAAAGAAAAUCGAGAAGGUGAUAGAUUGGUUAAGACAGUGACAGACAUACAAGGCGGGGAUGUGAGAAAGAGGUGCUUCAUUUUUGAGACAUUUUCUUUAGAUGAGAUAAAAGAAGAAUCUGAUGGCAUCAGCACCAGGGAAACAAAUACUGAAGAAGUAAUAAAAGGUGAUGUAAAAAGCUACAAAAUGCUCUUUGAAACACAACCACUCUAUGCAAUUCAAGAUCAAGAAGGGUUUUACCAUGAAGUGACGACAGUUAAGAAAGAAGAAGUAAUUCAUGGAGAUGUACGCGGAACAAGGUGGCUCUUUGAAACAAAGCCACUAGAUUCAAUCAAUGAGUCAGAAGAUAUAUAUGUUAUUAAAUCUGUCACUCAGGAAGACAUUCAGAAAGGGGAUGUGAGUUCUGUCAGAUACAGAUUUGAAACUCAACCACUGGAUAAGAUUUCAGACAAAUCACAUAGUAUUGUGCCCACUGUUGAGUGUAUUCAAGGAGGCAAUGUGGAGAUGAGUAAACAAUUCUUUGAGUCUGAAAGUGUUGAUAAAAAGAAUUAUAUACGAACAGUAAGUGUCAGUGAAGCACAAAAGGGCAAUGUUAAGACUUCUACUUGGCUCUUUGAAACUCACAGCAUAGAUGAGUUGGGAGAAGGGUCCAGAUAUGAAAAUAUCAAGACGGUUAAGCAAGAAGAUGUGCAAAAAGGUGAUGUUAAGCAAGCAGUGUGGCUUUUUGAAAACCAAACUUUGGAUUCUAUUAAGGAAGUAGAUGAAAGUGACACAAAAAUAAUCAAGGAAGAAAUUCCUCCAUCAGAUGUCAAGACAACUACGUGGCUCUUUGAAACAACACCUUUUCAUGAAUUUAAUGAAACUAGAAUAGAAAAGGUAGAAAUCAUUGGUAAAAGUAUUAAAGAAACGUUGGAAGACCUCUAUUCUCAAAGAGUUAUUGAAGCUCCUGGAAUUAUCAUUGAAGCUGAUGAAAUUGGGGAUGUCAGAAUGGCAAAAUACAAACUUAUGAACCAAAAAGCGCCUGAGAUACAAAAAGAAGAAGUUAUCAGGGCUGAUCUCAGAAACAUAAUGAUGAACUUACUUUCCCAAAGAGACUAUACAAAGAAAGGGAUAUUUGUCAGUGAAGAGGAGAAGGGAAAUGUUAAUUUGGCUAAAACUCAAUUAUUAAACAGAUCAACUGAAUUUCAUGCUGAAAAGGAAGAGAUAGUGAGAGGGGAUGUAAAACAAGCAAUAAAAAAGCUGUUCUCAGAGGAAAGAUGUGCAAAGAAAGGCAUAUUGAUUCAAGAAGAUGAAAAGGGAGAUAUUAACAUGACUAUCUAUUGUCUUCUUCAUGAAAAUGCUGGUGAAAAGACUGAGCGUGAGGGCAUCAUAGGAGGUGAUGUGAAACGCACCAUUCAUAAUCUGUUAUCUUCUACAUCAAAUGGUAAAAUAUCUGAAAGGACAAAAAUCGAUGCCUCAGAGAGGGGAAAUGUUCAGUUCUUCACAACAUGCAUAGAAACUGGAGCUUUGGAUUACCUCAAACAACUCCAAACAGGGUCAAAUGAAACACUCACAGCUAGAAAGCAAGAAGGAGAGGAAGACAUAAUUGGUGGUGAUGUUGAGGGUACAAAAUUCUUACUAAAGAAAAGACAGUCUCCAUUUCAAUGUACUGUUAGUGAAACUGACAUCAUCCCUGGGGAUGUGCAUAAUACAGUUAAAGUCUUCAUGACGGAGCCUCAGAGUUCAGCUUACAAAACAGCAAAAGAAGAGAUUAUAAAAGGUGAUGUGAAAUCAAGCUUGAAUUCUCUCAACCAGGCCACGAAUCAGAAAACAGUGGCUAAAACAGAAGAAAUUGUGAAAGAUGACCAGCUAGCCACACUCAAGUCACUUAAGGAGUCAAGAGACAGACAGAAAGAAUCUAAGCAAUCUGGUGGUGUCUCUAGUGAUAUUGGGAAAGCUAUUGAGUUCUUAGAAAAGGCUACAAAUACAAGGACUGAAAUAUUGAAAAAAGAGCUGAUACUAGAUGAUCUUGAAACAUCAUUAAGAUCUUUGAAAGAAGCACAAAGGGGUUUCAAAGAAGUUGAUAAAGAAGGAAUAAUCAAAGAAGAUGUAUUACCUAGGAUGGUAGGAUUCUCAGAAAAACAAAAAUUAGGGAUUCAUCCAGCAGCUGUCCAGAGAGACAAAAAAUGUCUUCUUCAACCAGUGCCAGGACCAGUUGAGCCAGCGGUCAUGCAGCAAACAGGACCAGGCACUCUUGAUGAAACUACGCAGAAAUCCUGCCAUCUGUCUUUAACAGAAGAAAAAACUGAAGCUAAUCUUUUCAAAGCACCCAAGGGCACUGUAAAGAUUGUCAUUGAUCGUGAACAAAACAAUGAUGCUCUUGAGAAAAGCCUUAGGAGAAUGUCUAACUCAGAACACAGAGCUAUGAAAAACGUCCUAGACAUGAGUGAAAGAAUGGGCGUCUGGACUGACAGCAAAGAGUAUCUGCGUAGGGGUGACCACAGGAGCAAACAGUUGACUGCAGCCACAUCCAUGAGGGAAAGGCUCAAAACCAAGGAAUCUGAGAAUGUAAGAGAACCAAAGGACAACGUCUUUCGCUCCUCACAGUCUGUGGAUAAAACAUUUAGGAAGCAGCAGACUCAAACCUGUGAACUAGGGAAUGACCACCGGAAGUCUCAGUUCCAGGAUUCUUAUGGGAAGAGUCAAGAAAAUACCAAAAACAAUAUACCAGCAGAGAUUCAAAGUUAUAGACCAGAUCACAGCCACCAUCUAGCCAACAGUACAGCUGGAGAAAUGCAUAGGACGACAAGCGACUUUCAGAAGCCAACCUUGCUAAGUCAGGAAAAGCAGUACUCUAAUAACGACACAAAGAAAAAUGCCAUGAGCCUUCAGCCCUUGCCUGUCUAUGAGGAUGUUCACAAUGUACCAGGAGUGAGAGUCUCUGGGAAGAGCCAUAAAAAAUUUCGGGCAACUGACAAAAAACAGAAAAUUGAUGUUUGUCUAGAAAACCAGGACUUCCUAAUGAAGACAAAUACUACCAAAGAGUUAAAAAUGGCAAUGGAGAGGUCACUUAAUCCAAUCAACCUUCACCCUGAAUGUGGCAUGAAGGAAAAUGAGGAUUCCCUUCCACCUCCAUCUCCCCCUCCUCCUCCACCUUCCAAUGCAUCAUCUGAAAUUGAAUUUCCUCUCCCUCCUCCACCACCUUUAAUGUUCCUGCCUGAAAAAAAUGAGUUUCCUCCAUCAUCAUCCACAGAGAAGACAAGGACUGAAUUGGAAAGCUUCCCGAACCUCCCUCUUCCUCCACCAUCAGUAGGUGAGAAAUCUGAACAAGAAGGUCUACCAGCAUCUCUCCUUCCUCCACCUCUGCCAACUGCAUCUCAAUCAGUACAUCUUCUUUCCUCUUCUCUUCUGGAAAACCACAGCGAGGCAUUCAUACAAAAGUCUUCCCAAAAGGAAGCCUUGGAUUCUCAUCAGCUUCACUCACAGACUAAAAUCCUAACAGGAAAAUCCCCACCACCUACACUCCCCAAACCUAAACUUCCCAAGAGAAUUAAAGAUAAAAUGGGUCAGUAUUCCCCCAAUGGUGAAGUGGAAAGAUCUAUGUCAGAUAUGCAAGUUAAAACUUCCCUCUCAAAGGAUCAGAAAAGAUCAAUGAUGGCAAUGAGCAGCGAGCACACAAAGACAAAGCAGGAAGUACUCAGAAACAGUCUUGAUGAAAGAAAACAGCUGCCGAUCCACUCUGCAAACUCACUUUCUCAGACAGUUCCAGAAAUCCCAGCACCCAAGGGAAAGCAGACAGCACCUCUUGUUAAAUCCCACUCAUUGCCAUCAGGUUCAGAGCAACAAAGUCCAAAGCCUUACAUGAGAAAAUUUAAGACACCUUUAAUGAUUGCUGAAGAAAAAUACAGACAACAAAGAGAAGAGCUUGAGAAACAGAGACGAGAGAGUUCUUGCCAAAGCAUCAUCAAAAAAGAAAUCCACCACCAAAGUUUAUCAGAGGAGGAGAAAGAAAGAGAGUUACAAAAAGCAGCAGAAGCAAUCUCCACACCCAGAAAGGAUUCAGACUUUACUAGGGCACAACCCAACCUGGACUGUAAGAACAGGACUGUGCUUGCAGACACAUGCUCUGACAUACAUUGCUCCACAGCUUCCCUAUUGACAGUUGCUACUGAGAGGCUCCAGCACGUUCUCGAAGCUUCAGAAGAUAAACUUUCCCUGAGAAAGGAAGGCAUACAGAGCUCAAGGGAUACCUUCCAAGCGAAAUCAGCUUGCGAACUUAACCAGAGUCACAAGGAAGGUGAGACAAAGCAAAGGCUUGAGCAACACCUGGAGAAGCUGUCCUUUCCCCAGAGCAAACCCAUUUCCCCAAGUUUCAAAGUAAAAACUAUCAAGCUUCCCACUCUACAUCAGAGUGAAACAGAUCUCAGUUCCGAAAGUCAUAUAAAGCAAUGUGAGGUAGACGUUCAAAUGAAUCAGGAACUCAAGAAAACCCAAGCAGGUACACAGUAUGAUAAUAAGCAAUCUGUGCCUGAUAAACAUCUUCCCUUACCUAAAACAGAGAAAAGGGUGACUAUACAAAUGCCUAAAGAAUAUGGAGAGAAAUCUCAUAAAAGUAAGCUCCAAACAGUUCCCAAGAAGCAGAGGGCAUUUGGGGGUGCUGACAGAGGGAAUGUCCUAGGGAGUGAAGGAAAAAAUCAGGACUCCUCAAUGAGCAUUUCCAAAGAAGACCAAUUAAUGGUUGAAAGAAAGCAAGGAGGUUUGCAGGAGCAGAGAGUAUCAAGGUUAGUCCAACAAAAGAUUACCGAUGCACAUCUGGACUCACAGGUUCAGAAUUUUCACCAGACACAAACACAAACUUCUGGAAGUACAACUGAGCAUGAAAAACUGUCCCAGCUGCAUAAUGCCAUGCAGGAGAAAGAACGUCUUAGAGAUGAGGGCAUACGAGAGAGACAUGUCUUCUCUAACACUGAGGAUUCAAAGCAAGAGAUGAAACAGAACAAAUCUUCAUUUUUCUCUGUGAAGGAAUCCCAGCGGGAUGAUGGAAAAUGUAACAUAAAUAUAUUGGAAUUCCUGAGGAAACGUGAAGACCUACAGCAGAUUUUGUCUAGAGUAAAACAAUUUGAAGCAGAGUCAAAUGAGAGCGGCCUUAAAACAUUUCAGACUCUGUUAAAUAUUGUUCCAGUGUGGCUGAUAAGUGAGGAAAAAAGAGAAUAUGGAGUUCGUGUUGCCAUGGAGAAUAAUUUCGAAAAAGUCAAAGAAGAAAUAACACAUAUUAAAACCCAAGCGGAGGAUAUGCUGGUUCACUGCGAACAUAUAAUUCAAACAGCUAUGAUGGCCUCCCCAACAGGAAAGCAGGGAGAUAAACCUACCAAUCUUAAUGAAAUGUCAUUGAAAGUGUCUAAUGUUAAUGCCAGCUCUAAUAAAUGCACUGAGCAGAAAGAAAGUAAAAUUGUAGAAGAAAAAUUAACACACCACCAGGUAGCAACCCAUCAUGAGGCAGCAACUCAGAAUCUUGCUAAAACACAUCAGGAAGCUAAUGGAGAAGAUAGUAAGACGCCUCCUCCCUCUUUGAAAACUCGCCCGCCAUCACCGACUUUCAUUACAAUCGAGUCGACUGCCCGCCGGGCAGAAACCCCCAGUAAGGGUGAGCUUUCUCAGUCCCCUAAAAAGAACAGUUGUACUGAACCUCCGAAGAGAAGACCCUCGGAGCAAACACCACGUCUUCACAGAACAUGCACGUCCCCAUCCCCACCGAGGGGUGGCUCAGAACAACUUGUCAAACUCAAAGACACCACAGCCAGGUUAGCCAAAGGCACCCUCCCCUGUCCCCCGGGGACCCCGGUUCCAAUCGUACAGAAGAGAUCUCAAGUUGUCGUGUCUCCGGCCACACUCCGCAGGCAAAUUAAGAUUGAAAGCCGUGGAGGGGACUCUCCACCCACCAUCACAAUACCUGUAAACGUAAACCGUGCAGUCAGUGAGUCCUUCAGAGAAUCUGUAGACACUCAAGAGUCAGUGAGGAAAAUAGGAAAAAGGGAGGCUUAUGUUCGUAAAGACGAAACGAAUUCCAUCAACAGAGCAAUGCCAGAGACUGAAAGCUACGAUGCAGUUGAAAUAGUACGCAAGGUGGAAGGGCCUCGCCUAUCAGAGCACAUGGAAAGAUUUGAAGCCACCAAUCAAACUGUUCAAACGGCUGAACAUUUUCUGAAUGGCCACGAAAAUGAAAUAAACAGAUGGUUUAGGGAAUUUGAGAACGGCCCAGUUUUCGGAGCAAAGAAUGAUAGAAGAGCUUAUGCAAAUGGUGAAAUAAACCACAACAUGAAGCAAGAGAAUCACACAUUCUGUAAGGAGGAAUUUGGAUUAGCAUCUUCUGGAAAUGCUAAUUUUACAGGCUUUUCUUACAGACAUCCUAGAGAGCACCAAGAAAAACUUCCUGCAAUGCAACCCAGGGUUCGUUCUGAAGCGACGCUUCUGAGUGAACAUUUCUUAGGCGUGGAUGCAUACGACCGUCAGAUUGUUGGGUCAGAGAUAGCAACCUCGUCAUCACGUAGCUGUAGCUCAGAAGCUGCCAGAUCUGGCUUUGAUUUCAAGCAUGCCCCCCCGACCUAUGAAGACGUGAUUGCUGGCCAUAUCCUAGACAUUGCCGAUUCACCCACAAACUUCAGGAGGGAUUUCCAAAAGACGUGGCAGGAGAGUGAAAGGGUUGUUCAUGCAACUGAAAUGAGCAGGGCCUUCCAGGAGCAGUCUGCCUUUAAGAGCGAAACUGCUGAUCCAAGACAAGGAAAUUUGCAUAAUUUGUCAAAAAACAGUUUAUCCAAUGGAGUGUCUUAUAGCAGACAAGCAGAAUUUUCAUAA